CGCACGCCGCUCGCUGCGCGGCGGCCAGUCGACGACGACGGUUGCAAAUGGCGACAGCCACGAAGUCUCUGUCUCUGGCACGGGCUCGCGAAUAGUUCCACGCCUACCGUGCGCCCCGCGAGCGAGCCGUGCGCGAAACGCCAGCCCCCCCAGCGCCCAAAUCGUAUAUCUGCGUCGGAGCGCGAUCUAAGCAUCUCAGAUUGGAGGGGAAUGAACGUCGAGUGUCCUCACAUCCUCGGUCUCAUUCAUUCGCAGGUAGUUUUAAGCAAAACGAGGCAAGAUGCCGGCCGUCAGAGGAGAUGGUAUGCGUGGACUGGCGGUAUUCAUAUCGGACAUCAGGAAUUGCAAAAGUAAGGAGGCAGAAAUUAAGAGAAUUAACAAGGAACUAGCAAAUAUUCGCAGUAAGUUUAAAGGAGACAAAACGCUCGAUGGAUACCAAAAAAAGAAAUAUGUUUGCAAACUGCUGUUCAUCUUCCUUCUCGGCCAUGACAUCGACUUCGGGCAUAUGGAAGCUGUUAAUCUACUUUCAUCAAAUAAGUAUUCGGAAAAACAAAUUGGGUAUCUUUUCAUAUCGGUCCUAGUGAAUACUAACAGCGAUCUGAUCAAGUUGAUCAUACAAAGUAUAAAAAACGAUCUCGCUUCACGCAAUCCGAUUCAUGUCAACUUGGCAUUGCAAUGCAUCGCCAAUAUCGGCAGCAAGGAAAUGGCAGAAGCCUUCGGCAAUGAAAUUCCCAAAUUGCUCGUCUCAGGUGAUACCAUGGACGUUGUGAAACAAAGUGCUGCGCUGUGUUUGCUACGUCUAUUGCGGACCGCUCCCGACGUCGUACCUGGUGGUGAAUGGACGUCGCGCAUAGUUCAUUUGUUGAAUGACCAACAUCUGGGUGUCGUAACGGCCGCGGCGUCGCUCAUAGACGCUCUCGUGAAAAGGAAUCCCGAUGAGUACAAGGGUUGCGUUAGUCUUGCGGUUUCGAGAUUAAGUAGGAUUGUUACAUCGAGUUAUACAGAUCUGCAGGAUUAUACAUAUUAUUUUGUACCAGCCCCAUGGUUAUCUGUCAAGUUACUACGUUUGUUGCAAAAUUAUACGCCACCAGCCGAGGAUCCUGGGGUAAGAGGCAGAUUGAACGAAUGUCUAGAAACUAUAUUAAAUAAAGCUCAAGAACCACCAAAGUCAAAGAAGGUUCAGCAUUCGAACGCGAAGAACGCUGUACUCUUUGAAGCUAUUAGUUUAAUUAUUCACAACGAUAGCGAACCGAAUCUCCUCGUACGAGCAUGUAACCAGCUUGGCCAAUUUUUAUCGAACCGUGAGACCAAUUUGCGAUACUUGGCACUCGAAUCUAUGUGCCACUUGGCUACUUCGGAAUUCUCGCACGAAGCCGUAAAGAAACACCAAGAAGUAGUCAUAUUAUCGAUGAAGAUGGAGAAAGAUGUCUCUGUGAGACAGCAAGCGGUAGAUUUAUUAUAUGCCAUGUGUGAUAAAAGUAAUGCCGAAGAAAUUGUUCAGGAAAUGCUAAAUUAUCUAGAAACGGCUGAUUACUCGAUUAGAGAAGAAAUGGUUCUUAAAGUAGCGAUUUUAGCGGAAAAAUAUGCGACUGAUUACACCUGGUACGUCGAUGUUAUCCUAAACUUAAUUAGGAUAGCAGGCGAUUACGUCUCUGAAGAAGUUUGGUAUCGAGUUAUUCAAAUUGUUAUCAAUCGAGAUGAUGUUCAAGGUUAUGCUGCGAAGACCGUCUUUGAGGCAUUACAAGCACCCGCUUGUCACGAAAAUAUGGUUAAAGUCGGCGGUUAUAUACUUGGAGAGUUCGGCAAUCUCAUUGCUGGUGACCAACGAUCUUCUCCAGGUGUCCAAUUUCAAUUAUUACAUUCCAAAUAUCAUUUAUGUUCUCCUAUGACUCGAGCGUUGCUGCUCUCAACGUACAUAAAGUUUGUUAAUUUGUUCCCUGAAAUACGAAGUCAGAUACAAGAUGUCUUCAGGCAGCAUAGCAACCUGCGUAGCGCAGACGCUGAGCUGCAACAGAGAGCAUCAGAAUAUUUACAAUUGAGCAUUAUUGCUUCAACUGAUGUCCUGGCCACUGUAUUGGAGGAAAUGCCGGCAUUCCCCGAGAGAGAGUCCUCUAUUCUUGCAGUUAAGAAAAAGAAACCAGGUCGAGUACCGGAGAAUGAAAUUAGGGAGAGUAAGAGCCCAGCGCCAAACGCUAAUCAUCACACUGAACCUCCCGCUGUUGCUACAGUUACCGCGACAGUUAACAAUACUUCUGCUGAUUUGCUAGGAUUGUCAACUCCACCUUCCUCUCAACCGUCUAGUAAUACAGGCGUGUUGCUCGAUGUUUUGGGAGACAUUUAUAAUAUGCCAAAUAAACUUGGUGCUACCAACGGCACUCAGAACACGUACAAUCCUAAAAAGUUUGUUUGUAAAAAUAAUGGUGUCUUGUUUGAGAACGACUUGAUACAAAUUGGUGUAAAAUCGGAGUUCAGACAAAAUCUUGGCCGUGUAGGUCUUUUUUAUGGAAACAAAACUCAAUAUGCUUUGCACAGUUUUCAACCGCAGCUAUCUUGGACAGAUGAGAAUCAAGCGAAAUUAGCUGUACAAGUGAAACCUGUUGAUCCUAUAUUAGAGGCUGGCGCUCAAAUUCAGCAAAUGAUCAAUGCAGAAUGUAUCGAUGACUAUAGUGACGCACCGAGCAUGCUUAUCUCCUUCAUUUACAACAAUGUGCCACAAAAAAUCACAAUGAAGUUACCAUUAACAAUCAAUAAGUUCUUCGAGCCGACAGAGAUGAACGGAGAAUCAUUCUUUGCAAGAUGGAAAAAUCUUGGCGGGACAAAUCAACAACGAUCGCAAAAGAUUUUCAAAGCGCAGCAACCGAUGGAUCUGACGCAAGUACGUACGAAACUACAAGGUUUUGGAAUGCAGUUACUCGAUGGCAUCGAUCCGAAUCCUGAUAAUUUUGUUUGUGCUGGUAUCGUUCAUAUGAGAGCGCAGCAAGUGGGUUGCCUGUUGCGCCUUGAACCUAAUAAACAAGCACAGAUGUUUCGUUUGACAGUACGUUCAAGUAAAGAAUCGAUGUCGGUAGAGAUCUGUGACCUGCUGGUGGACCAAUUUUAAACGGCCUAGCAGGCGUAAAUAUUAUCGAAAAAUUAGCGUUACGUCGUGAGAGGACAUAUCACUAUUCAACGAGGAUGUCAUCUCGCGUCGUUCAAAAAGAUACUGAUGGUUAUUUGUUAAGAAAAUAUUUGCGUUGUACCCAAGCUUACACUCAUAACGCUCUUAUAUAAGAUCUAUAUCUUCGUGUAGAUAGUUUCUCUCGUGUCACUACAUCAUUUUAUCGACGAGGUAUGAGUUUGAAUCAGAACUAUCAAAAUCAGAUACAGAAAGAACGAGAAUAUACAUAUGAACUGGCUAUGAUGGACAGUAUUAUCUCAUAAUCGAGGGUAUUAAGGUGUGGAUCUAUUUUGAGUGCAUUUACAUCUAAUGUUACAAUCUAUAAUUUAAGUGGAUGAAACGAGGAUGCGAAAUGAAAAAAAAAAAUAAAAAGCUAGAUAUUUUAGCUAUUGAUAUUUAUGUACGUAGUAACACUCGAGCCGCAUCAUAGAGACAAAGCAUAUAAGAUUUUUUUUUUUUUAUUGAGUUUUAUAACACGUCUCCCUCCACAUGUUAAAAUUUAUAUAAUUUUUAACAUUGAUGAAUCACUGAGUUUCGAUUGUUGAGAGUGAAAUGUUCACCUUUGUAUAUCGUUUUAUUUUAUACCAUUUUUGUAUCUACCUACGCGUCCUGAAUUUCGUUUGAAUUCAUGAAUUAUUUGCAUUGAUAUUUUGCCAUGAGAUUGCCGCGUGAGCGAGAGUAGAUUUGGGCACAAUGACAGUAGUUGUAUAAUAUGAGCUAUUUGUCUAUAGAUAUCAUUAUAUUUAACGGAGCUGCGAAUUAAUUGUGUAUAAUGAGUAGUUUAUAUUUAAUUGUCUUUGUCUUGAUCUUUAUUUCGAAUCAAUGUCCUAGAUUUUCUAUAUUCUAUAUCGUUGAUAUCGAUGUAUAAAUCCAUGGCUGGUUAUUUCUAGAUUUCCAUAAUUAGAUCGGAGGUAUAUCGUUAAUUAAAAUCUAUAUGUUCGCAGGUUAAUUAUUUGUAAUUGUAGAAUUACAUUUUAUUAUCUUCAGAGUGUUGCGUAUAAGAUGUGUAUAUUUCAGUAGAGUGUUUACUCUGUACAGGUUAUAUUUACUAAUGCGUUAAAUUUUGCGGAAUACAUUUUAUAAUAAUAACAGGGGGAAGAGCAGCUCUAUGAAUUAAAUUGCUUUAUAACGAUCGAUGACAUAUUAUCGAUUUUAUAAAGCUUUACACAAUUGUACAUACAUGAAAUUUGAAUUACAAAUGGCUAUAAACAUUUACAACAUAGAUUGCGCUAUUCAUAGCCAUACGAGCUCAAAUUUAUGUCUUACUCGUCAUUUAUGCUUUAUUUUUCAGGGAAGUAAGAUGUACAUUUUUCAUAUUCAUAUAGUGUAAAUUUAUGUCUAAUAUUCUCAUUAUAUUCCUUUUCCUUUAGAUUAUGUAUAUUAUAUUUUAAUUAUAGUACACAUAGGUCGAGAAAACACG